GUUAAACUGUUAAGAUUUGAGAGAGAAAAACAAAAAAAAACAAAAAAAACAAAAAAAGAGGAGAAAACCCUAAGCGUGUUGCUCAGUGACACUGGUGGAGAUUUUCUCGUCGUCUCUGGAAUCGAAGGAGGAGCUAAGAUACUAUUCGUGCUGGGAAUCGAAUCUAGGGUUCAUAGAGAUCUAAUCGUCGAUACAAUCGAACGAGAGCGAAGAAGAGAAGGAGCCAUGUCGGAUUCUGAUAAAGAGCUCGAGAAUCAGAUUCUCGAAGCAGGAGAACAGCUUACUGAUCCGCCUUCUUCGCUCGACGAGCUUCUGCUUCUCCUCGACAAACUCUUCGUCUGGCUCAUAGAUGUUGACCAGUCACCUCACGAGUCGAUGCAAACCGCACUCUCUCCGCUGAUGAAAGCAUUAGUCGCUGGAAAACUCUUCAAGCAUUCAGACGACGAUGUGAGAGUUGCGGUCGCUGCCUGCAUCAGCGAGAUUACAAGAAUAACUGCUCCUGAAGCUCCUUAUGAUGAUGAUCACAUGAAGGAAGUGUUUAAGUUAAUUGUAUCUUCGUUUGCGAAUUUGCCUGACUAUUUUAGUCGCUCCUACUCCAAGAGGAUCUCGAUCCUUGAAACUGUGGCCAAGGUCAGAUCUUGCGUUGUGAUGCUGGAUCUUGAGUGUGAUGCGCUUCUUAUUGAGAUGUUCCAGCUUUUCCUCAAGGCUAUAAGGGACUUUCAUCCAGAGAACGUACUUUCAUCUAUGGAGAAAAUUAUGACACUUGUUUUAGAGGAAAGCGAGGAGAUACCUCCAAAGAUGUUUUCACCCAUUCUACAUUAUGUUAGAGAGGAUGAUGAGGUUCCCCAAGUAGCACGGGGGUUGGCAGAGCGAGUUCUCAGUAACUCUGCUAGCAAGCUCAAAAAGUAUCUGACCGAAGCAGUGAAAUUGUCGGGUGUCUCUUUAGAUAAGUAUAGUAAGAUAGUGGCUUCGAUAUGUGAAGGGACAUUCAGUGCUUUGCAGCACGACCAACUUGUUGAGAAUGAAAAAGAGGAUAGUCAAGGUCAUUUAGAAAAGGAAGCAGAAGUAGAGGAUAAACAGGAAGUAAUUGCUACACCCGAGCGAACUGAUGCACCUAAGGAUGAAUCUGGUAAGUCAGGAGUCAGCAACGGCGUUGCGCAACACAAUAAUUCUUCUGUUGAUACUGAGUCUAUAAAGAAGCAAGAUGAUACGAAUGCUAAAGACGAUAAUCCUUGCAACACUGACUUGGAUAAUACUUCUGAAGAGAAGCCUGAUGUUGAACACCAACCUCAGGAAAAAGAUCCCAGUUCUGCCAUACAGGUGGAUUCAUCAAAAACUUCAGAUAUCAAGGAAGAGACUGAACCUGGAGCACUCCUGGAGAGCAAGGAUGUGUUAAGUUUGCGUCCUGAUGAUUCAACUGUUAAAGCAGCCAUUUCUUCUGAAAAUGAUAAGGAAACAAGUGUGCAGGCUUUGCCAUCUAAGACAUCAGCUGAUGAAACUGCCGAUGUUAGUUCUCCAUCUAGGGGUGAAGAUAUUGUUGAGGAAAGCCGGCCUAAGAAGACUGCAAAUGAUAAGGAAACAAAUGUGCAGGCUUUGCCAUCUAAGACAUCAGCCGAUGAAACAGCCAAUGUUAGUUCUCCAUCUAGGGCUGAAGAUAUUGUUGAGGAAAGCCGGCCUAAGAAGACUGCAAAUGAUAAGGAAACAAGUGUGCAGGCUUUGCCGUCUAAGACAUCAGCCGAUGAAACUGCCAAUGUUAGUUCUCCAUCUAGGGCUGAAGAUAUUGUUGAGGAAAGCCGGCCUAAGAAGACUGCAAAUGAUAAGGAAACAAAUGUGCAGGCUUUGCCAUCUAAGACAUCAGCCGAUGAAACAGCCAAUGUUAGUUCUCCAUCUAGGGCUGAAGAUAUUGUUGAGGAAAGCCGGCCUAAGAAGACUGCAAAUGAUAAGGAAACAAAUGUGCAGGCUUUGCCAUCUAAGACAUCAGCUGAUGAAACUGCCAAUGUUAGUUCUCCAUCUAGGGCUGAAGAUCUUGUUGAGGAAAACCGGCCUAAGAAGACUGCAAACCAGAAGAAAAAUAAGAGCUUGACGAAGGAGGCCAAACCAUUAGCUGCUAGUGCUACUGAAGAAGCUUCCGAAGAACCAAACACUUCUGAAGCUAAAGUUACCAAAAAUUCUAGAAAGAAGGUUGCUUCUUCAAGUAAAACCAAGUGUACUGUUCCCCCGAAGAAAGGCACCUCUGAGACAAAAGCUGCAAAGCAGUCAGAGAAAAAGGUAGUUGAGAGUGAAAAUGUACAAGAAUCCUCAAAGCCAAAAGAGGAAAAGAAAAAGCCAGGACGUGGGAAAGCCAUGGAUGAGGACUCAUUAGAUACUUCUUCAGGUGAUAGCGAAAAACCAGCUGUUUCCUCUGUAAAGUCAGCCUCGAAGUCAAAGAAAGAAGUGAAGCAACCAAUAGAAGGAAGUCCUAACACAAACACAAAGAGAAAACGAAGUCUAAGCAAAGAGAAAGCAUCUGAUCUCCAAAGCCACGGUGAAGAUUUAGUUGGGUCGAGGGGCAGAGUCUGGUGGCCUAUAGAUAAAGCGUAUUAUAAAGGUGUGGUCAAUUCAUAUGAUUCUGCUAAGAAGAAGCACCUGGUUAUCUAUGAUGAUGGAGAUCAAGAAAUCUUGAAUCUUAAGACACAGAAGUGGCAUUUUCUGGAUGAAUCAGAAACAGAGGGUGAAGAAGCUGCUGAUCAGACGGUUCACGAGAAAGAAGCCUCCCGAGAGCCCCAGAGAAAGAAAGCUAAGACUGGCAAGCAAUCAAAGAUGGAAUCGUCAGGGAAAAAGGGUGGUGGAGCUGGUUCCAGCAAGCUUAAAGCUGCUCCUGCUUCCAAGUCCGGUAAGAAGUCCAAGGAUGAGAAAACAGAGAGCAAACCAAAGGAUCCGAAAGAAGCUAGUAGAGAAGAAGAAGAAGAGGAUAGUUCUGACGAGUUGAGCGAGGAAGAGGAAAUCCCCAAAACAGUUGGUAAAUCAGGAACCAGCAAGUCGAAGAAAGAGAUAUCGAAAUCUGGCACAUCCAAAGGUUCGUCCAAGACUACAACUACUCCAAAAUCCAAGCCAGGAGGACCUUCAAAAUCUUCAUCAGCAAAGGGCAAAGCAGCGAAAGGCAAAGCAAACUCUACACCUGCCUCCAAGGGCGAGGAGAGCGAUGCUGAGUCAGAAUCUGAAGAGACACCAAAGGCGCCAGAACCAGCAACAAAAGGGAAACCAGUGGGUUCAGGCAAGUCGCAGGCUAAGUCCGGUAAGAAGAGGAAGCGAUGAGUCUGGCCUCAGGAAAGACUUUCUCUUUAUGUAAUUCAAGGUGGAAAGCUAAGCACAAUGGCGGUGGUGUUGGUGGUUGUGGAUCGAUGGGUCUUAACGUCGUCUGGGAAUUACAAGUGUUGUCUU